AUGGCGCCCCGUCAGCGAAUACGACCAGGCGAAGCCAAGCUCAGGCCCGCCCAGCACAAACCCUGCGGAAAACUGGUCGUGUGUAUUCGGGAACGGCCACGCGACUAUGCGCCCAAUAGCGGCCCGCCCUGCGGCGACAUCACACUCCUCCCGGCGGGCGACUCGACAGCCUACAUAACCGAGCGCAUCCUCCUGCCGCCCAGCAAGGGUUCUGGGGGUGGGCGGCCCGGACCGAGACGCAUGUCGUACAUCGUCGGUUGGCAUGACCUACCCGCUGCGCGGCUCCUCGUGCCCGUCGUGGACAUACUCGACUACGUCUCGCCGCGGGAGCUCGAAGCCUGGGAGACGGCACUGGAGGAGGAGCUCAGCGCCGAGAGAGCCGAGAGGGCGAAGGCGGCGGAAGCGAAGGUGGAAGCAGAGAAGAGCGAGGGGGCGAUACCUACCGCUGCUGCUGCCACUACUGCCGCAGCAGCUCCUGUUCCCAAGGGCAAGCGCAAGCGCAAGAAGGGCAAACCGCCUGCCCACGCGCAGAUCGAAUCGGCUGUGGUGACGGGGCUGGAGACGGACGAGAAAGGCGCAAAGGGCCGUCUGAAAGGUGGGACUCUCACCCUGUCUACGCCACCGAAAUACCGCAUCAAGGAACUGGAGUCACUCUCGGACGACGACGGAGAUGACCGAGACGAGGUCACCAGCCCGACCCACCAGCUGAUCGGAGAUAUGUACGACGAGGCCAUGGGCCGGGAAAGCAACCAGCCGGAAGAUGCAGCGCACGGCAAUGGCCUCGACGGAGAUGACAUCCCGCCAAGGACGACGGGCGGCCUCGCCCCGGUCCGGAAGGAGACGGCCAGCUCCGCGACGGCACCGCCGACGCCCCGACCAUCGUGGGUGACGGCCGGCAGCGCACCGUCAUCAUCACGAAAGACGGCGCCAUGGCCGCCGUGGCCGCCAUCAUCCAAGCCCACAUCUACCGCCGACCUGACACCCGCACCGCCAAAGAAGCGGUCGAGCCCAUCGCAGUCCCGAGCGCCCGACGAAUCCACCAGCGGCACGAAGAAGUCGUCCGAUAAGAAGAAGACGAAGAAGGGGAAGCAGGCGACGCCGAAGCCAAAGAAGAACAAGGACCCGGAGCCGGCCCCGGACGGGGAACCGGAGUGGAUAGUAGAGCGGAUCGAAAACGACGCGCUCUUCGAGGUGGACGGGCAGGACGACCCGGUGCGCUUCUUCCAGGUCCGCUGGGAGGGCGACUGGCCGCCGGACCAGAACCCGACCUGGGAGCCAGAGGAGAAUCUACCGCCCAACCUGAUACGGAACUAUCUGAAGACGGGCAAGGCAAAACGAAAACAGCCACCCGGAACCGCCGAAGACGGUGGCAGCAACAAGAAGCCCAAGCUCAAGCAGUCGAAGCUGUCGUGGCUUGGCGUGGAGAAGAGCCGGUACGGGAGCGUCAGCGAGGCGUUUGCCGGUGAGGAGAAUGAUCUGUUGGAAAACGAGAAAGACGAUGAUGGCGAUGGUGACGAGGAGGAGGAAUUCCUCGUCGUGUAA